AUUGCGCCAGAUUGCAGACAAGCGUUCUUCAGGUUUAUCUUGUUCGUUUGACAAAAAGCUUCAAAUGCUUCCCCUGCAUUUUCUCUGCCUUAAAAACACGCCGCCGUUUUCAAUUGCAGAACCCUUGUACUUUCAAAAGAAUCCUAAGAUUGUCUUCUCCCGACAUCCGGUGCUCACUGGCGGCGACGAAGAUGGUAUCAAGAGGAGAAGAGGCAGAACUACUGUUCACGCUGUGGAAAAAGAUUCACAACAGUUUGAGGUGGAUCCAGAUAAGGCCAAACAAGCCCUUAAACAACUUGACCUGCAACUCGAAUCCCUCUCCAAGAAACAAGUCAGUACCCCGAAGAUUAAGGCCUCAGAUGUGAAGCUUACAAGAAAUUCAAUCACUGAGGAGCAACUUCCGGAACUUUCAGGGUCGUUCCUUGCAUAUUCUGCUUUUGCUCUUCUUGCAUUUACAAUUUUCUACAAUGUGCUAUUCUAUUCAGUGAUAAAGCCAUCAAUAGAUGGACCAGUAGCAGUGCUAGCUUCUACUGAGGAAACAGUAUCUUCUGCAUCAUUUUUGCAGUUGUUGCAGCCAAUUCUGGAACUUUUCUCUGUUCAAAGAUGACAAGUGGUCAGCCAAAUAAGAGCCAUCAGCUGAGAGAAGUUUCUAAAUGAUGCAAGUACCGGAGAACCAAGAAAAUUUCCCAAAGCCUGCUAUUUAAGCCAACUGCUAUCCUAGAAAAGAGUUUGCCUCCGGGAGCCCCGAGAACCAUACAAGUUAGUGAACUUUGGAGCCUAAAAAUCAAAAUAUCGCCUACACAGAUUGACUUUAUGCUGAAUAAUGAUCCCAACGAUGGAGACGAUGUUAUCUGUAGUUGACUAGAGUUGAGAGAAUAACUAUUAGUAGAGUUUCUACCAUGUUAUGAAAAUAAUUGAGCGGUAACUCCAAAAUGAACACUAUCAUGAUUGGGAAAAUGAAAACAUGUUCAUCAA